AUCAUCUUUUUGUGUUCCAUUCGAAUUCUUCUUUACACGGACAAGAUUCGGAUCUCUUUCGUGGAAUCUGGAAUCUGUUUUUUUGAUUCCACAGAAAUCGAAGAUGUCGUUUACGCCGGAGGUUGUUUCAAGGAAAAGCGGAGUCGGAGUGGUUCCAUCACCGGCACCGUUUCUGACACCUCGUCUUGAGAGAAGACGACCUGAUUCUUUCUCUAACCGUCUCGAUAGAGAUAAUAAAGAAGUCAAUGUUCAAGUGAUUCUACGAUGCAGACCAUUAACUGAAGAAGAGCAGAAAUCUAAUGUUCCUAGAGUCAUCUCUUGUAAUGAAAUGAGAAGAGAAGUCAAUGUUCUUCAUAGUGUUGCUAAUAAGCAAGUAGACCGUGUUUUCAAUUUCGACAAGGUUUUUGGUCCUAAGUCACAACAACGGUCUAUAUAUGAUCAAGCUAUUUCACCUAUUGUUCAUGAAGUCUUGGAAGGUUUUAGCUGUACUGUGUUUGCUUAUGGACAAACAGGAACUGGGAAGACUUAUACUAUGGAAGGUGGAAUGAGGAAAAAGGGAGGGGAUUUACCUGCGGAGGCAGGGGUGAUUCCAAGAGCUGUUAGGCAUAUUUUCGAUACUCUUGAGGCCCAAAAUGCUGAUUACAGUAUGAAAGUAACAUUCUUGGAACUUUAUAAUGAAGAAGUUACGGAUUUGUUAGCUCAAGAUGAUUACUCAAGAUCUUCUGAGGAUAAGCAGAAGAAGCCCAUUUCUUUGAUGGAGGAUGGGAAGGGUUCUGUGGUUUUAAGGGGUCUUGAAGAAGAGGUUGUGUAUAGCGCUAAUGAUAUAUAUGCUCUUCUUGAACGAGGCUCAUCUAAAAGGCGCACCGCAGAUACGUUGUUGAAUAAGAGAAGUAGUAGAUCUCAUUCAGUGUUUACUAUCACAGUUCACAUAAAGGAAGAGUCUAUGGGAGAUGAAGAGCUAAUCAAAUGCGGCAAGCUUAACCUUGUGGAUCUAGCAGGAUCUGAGAAUAUCUUACGGUCAGGAGCUCGAGAGGGCCGUGCAAGAGAAGCUGGAGAGAUUAACAAGAGCUUGCUCACACUAGGCCGUGUAAUUAAUGCCCUUGUGGAACAUUCUUCUCAUGUACCUUACAGGGAUAGUAAGCUGACAAGGCUUUUACGGGACUCUCUAGGAGGAAAGACAAAAACUUGUAUCAUUGCUACAAUCUCUCCAUCUGCUCAUUCCCUAGAGGAAACUUUAAGUACCUUGGAUUAUGCCUAUCGUGCCAAGAACAUCAAGAACAAACCUGAGGCAAACCAGAAACUAUCCAAGGCUGUGCUGCUUAAAGACCUUUACUUGGAACUUGAGAGAAUGAAAGAAGAUGUAAGAGCGGCAAGGGAUAAAAAUGGUGUUUACAUUGCACAUGAAAGAUAUACACAAGAAGAAGCUGAAAACAAGGCGAGAAUCGAGAAGAUAGAACAGUUGGAAAAUGAAUUAAAUCUCAGUGAAAGUGAAGUUUCAAAGUUCUGUGACCUUUACGAGACUGAGAAAGAGAAGUUACUGGACGUAGAAAGUGACCUUAAGGACUGCAAGAGAAACCUGGAUAAUAGUAACAAGGAGUUGCUUGAUCUCAAAGAGAAUUAUAUCCAAGUUACCUCAAAGUUAAAAGAAAGAGAAUUCAUCAUCUCAAGAAUGAAAGCCUCAGAGACUACUUUGAUCGACCGCGCAAAGGGGUUAAGUUCUGAUUUGCAGCAUGCGUCAAACGAUAUAAAUUCGUUGUUCACAAGAUUAGACCAAAAGGACAAGCUGGAAUCCGAAAACCAGAGCAUGCUUCUGAAAUUUGGUUCACAACUUGAUCAAAACCUUAAAGAUUUGCACAGAACAGUUCUUGGAUCAGUCUCUCAGCAACAGCAACAAUUAAGAACUAUGGAAGAACAUACACACUCAUUUCUUGCUCAUAAAUAUGAUGCAACACGUGAUCUGGAAUCAAAGAUUGGGAAAACAGCAGACACUUAUACUUCAGGAAUAGCAGCCUUGAAGGAGUUAUCUGAAAUGCUACAAAAGAACGCCUCCUCUGAUCUGGAGAAGAUGAACACUUCUAUAGUAUCACAAAUAAAGGCUGUUGAGAAAUUUCUCACUACAUCAGCAACAGAGGCUUUUGCAGUCGCUCAGGACAUCCACAAUUCACUUAACGAACAGAAGAAGCUCUUAGCAGUUGCUGCAAGACAACAAGAGCAGGGCUUGGUCAGAAGCAUGCGAUCUGCACAAGAAAUAUCGAACGCGACUUCAACCAUGUUUAGUAACAUCUACAACCAAGCUCACGGUGUGGUGGAAGCCAUUAGAGGUAGCCAAGCAGAGAAAGCAAGACAGCUUGAUGCUUUUGAAAUGAAGUUUAAGGAAGAGGCUGAAAGAGAGGAGAAGCAAGCCUUAAAUGAUAUCAGUCUGAUAUUAUCAAAGUUAACUUCAAAGAAAACUGCAAUGAUCUCUGAUGCAUCAAGCAAUAUCCGUGAAAACGAUAGACAGGAAGAGAAGAGAUUGUAUGAACAAAUGUCUGGUAUGCAGCAAGUCUCGAUUGGCGCAAAGGAGGAAUUGUGUGACUAUCUAAAGAAAGCGAAAACGCACUUCACGGAAAACACUAUAGCUUCAGCUGAGUCUGUCACAGUCAUGGAUAGUUACCUUGAAGAUUGCUUGGGAAGGGCCAAUGAUUCUAAAAAGUUGUGGGAGACCACUGAAACAGGCAUAAAGAACCUUAACAUGAAGUAUCAACAAGAACUUAAUGUCACAAUGGAGGACAUGGCAAAAGAAAAUGAGAAGGUGCAAGAUGAAUUUGCAUCCACAUUUUCCUCAAUGGAUGCUAACUUUGUCACUAGGACUAAUGAACUUCACGCAGCUGUUAAUGACUCAUUGAUGCAAGACCGUGAGAACAAAGAAACAACAGAGGCUAUAGUCGAGACUUGCAUGAACCAGGUCACAUUACUGCAAGAGAAUCAUGGACAAGCGGUAUCAAACAUUAGAAACAAAGCAGAACAGUCUCUCAUAAAAGACUAUCAGGUUGAUCAGCACAAGAACGAAACACCAAAGAAACAAUCCAUAAAUGUGCCAAGUCUGGCUUCGAUUGAGGAAAUGAGGACUUUGUUUUCGCAGAAUACACUCAGCGAAGAUCACACAAGUAAUUUGGAGAAAAGAUCAAUAAAAGAAGGACUUGACGAAGCAAACAACAGAACUCCAUUCUUGGAAAUUGCUGAGUUCUCAGAUUGCUGGUUAUGUUUAGGGAUGACGUUUCCGGUUAAAUUGGCUAAUGUUCUCAUUUUAAGUCAACCUAAUGGAGAGAAAGGACGAUUCUCGGGCGCCGUCAACCGACUUCCCGACGAAACUCUAACUUUCCGGCAUUCUGGCCUCGAUUCAUCUCCUUCUCCGGAGAGAUCGCCUGAGCCGGAAUUGCUCACGGGAUUCAUGCCGAAAUAUUUGGAUGGAAUCCGUGAGCGUGCUGAUGGAGAGCAGGCUCGUGAAGCGAAGAAGAAGAAGAGUAUGCCUGGAUUCGACGAUGAUCAGAGGGGUUCUUCUAGGGUUCCCGGUGUCUCAAGGUCGUUCGAUCAAAGACGCCAAGUUAGUUGUUGUCGUCUCGGAGGCUGUGGCGGUAGCAGUUGUUGUGGUGGUGGCGGUGGCUUCCCUAAAACUCCUUCCCAAGUUGACAGAAUUGCAGCGGGUAAAAGCCAGCUGUCUCUCAGGAAAUCAUCUACAAUUGGGUCCGGUUACCGUUUCCCCGGGCUCGAGCCACGAACGGUUGUUGAUACAGAACUGGGUGAAACUCACACUACUGUUGGAAAGAGAAUGUUGAAAGAAGGCGAGGAAGCACCCAUUGCCGAAGCUGCUGCAAAGAUUAAUCCUUCACAUGUUGCGGUUUCCCUCGCCCAAACUGCGAAACAAACAGAGCAAAUCCUGGCAGACAACUAUGGCUAUUCAACCUACCAGAUCCUUGCGUCUAAAACUUAUCAGAACGUUUUUCCAAAGCUUGAAGCUGUAUUCCAGUAUUUCGAUGGUCGAUUUCCAAGGGAUAGUAAGCUGACAAGGCUUUUACGGGACUCUCUAGGAGGAAAGAAAAAAACUUGUAUAGCAAUCUCCCCAUCUGCUCAUUCCCUAGAAGAAAACUUAAGUACUUUGGAUUACGCCUAUCGUGCCAAGAACAUCAAGAACAAACCCGAGUUUCUUACUACAUCAGCAACAGAGGCUUAUGCAGUCGCUCAGGACAUCCACAAUUCACUUAACGAACAGAAGAAGCUCUUAGCACUUGCUGCAAGACAACAAGAGCAGGGCUUGGUCAGAAGCAUGCGAUCUGCUCAAGAAAUUUCCAAUUCAACUUCAACCAUUUUCAGUAACAUCUACAACCAAGCUCACGACGUGGUGGAAGCUAUUAGAGCAAGUCAAGCAGAGAAAUCAAGACAGCUUGAUGCUUUUGAAAUGAAGUUUAAGGAAGAGGCUGAAAGAGAGGAGAAACAAGCCUUAAAUGAUAUCAGUCUGAUAUUAUCAAAGGAACAUGACAUACAAGAAGAGAAGAGAUUGUAUGAACAAAUGGCUGGUAUGCAGCAAGUCUCGAUUGGUGCAAAGGAGGAAUUGUGUGACUAUCUAAAGAAAGCGAAAACCCACUUCACGGAAAACACAAUAGCUUCAGCUGAGUCUUCCACAGUCAUGGACAGUUACCUUGAAGAUUGCUUGGGAAGGGCCAAUGAUUCUAAAAAGUUGUGGGAGACCACUGAAACAGGCAUAAAGAACCUUAACACGAAGUAUCAACAAGAACUUAAUGUCACAAUGGAGGACAUGGCAAAAGAAAAUGAGAAGGUGCAAGAUGAAUUUGCAUCCACAUUUUCCUCAAUGGAUGCUAAAUUUGUCUCUAGGACUAAUGAACUUCACGCAGCUGUUAAUGACUCGUUGAUGCAAGACCGGGAGAACAAAGAAACAACGGAGGCUAUAGUAGAGACUUGCAUGAACCAGGUCACAUUAUUGCAAGAGAAUCAUGGACAAGCCGUAUCAAACAUUAGAAACAAAGCAGAACAGUCUCUCAUAAAAGACUAUCAGGUUGAUCAGCAGAAGAACGAAACACCUAAGAAACAAUCCAUAAAUGUGCCAAGCCUGGCUUCGAUUGAGGAAAUGAGGACUUUGUUUUCGCAGAAUACACUCAGCGAAGAUCACACAAGUAAUGUGGAGAAAAGAUCAAUAAAAGAAGGACUUGACGAAGCAAACAACAGAACUCCAUUCUUGGAAAUCGGUUUGAACCAACAUACCGAGAGCCAUACAAGCAACCGAUUCGAAUGCAAGACGUGUAACCGGAGAUUUUCUUCGUUUCAAGCCCUUGGUGGUCACCGGGCAAGCCAUAAGAAGCCAAAGCUCACCCUUGAGCAGAAGGAUGUCAAACCUCUUAGCAACAAUUACAAAGGAAAUCAUACGCACGAGUGUUCCAUAUGCGGUCAAAGUUUUGGGACCGGACAGGCUUUAGGUGGUCACAUGAGACGGCAUAGGUCAAGCAUGACGGUCGAGCCAUCGUUCAUCUCUCCGGUGAUUCCUACCAUGCCAGUUUUGAAACGAUGCAGUAGUAGCAAGAGGGUUUUGUAUUGGAGAACUACGUUGGAACCUGUGGAUCUGGAAUACACUGAUGAGGAUGAUGUUGAUGGGACAAGGUAUUAUCCUAGUAUAAGACGCCGUGCAGAUGAAGAGAAGAUCUCGCCGGAGGAUGAGUAUCACCUCAUGGAGAAGCAAGUCGAAGAGUCCAAGGGUUUUGACAUUGAUUUCACCAAGUUCCGCUGCGUUUUCAAUUACAAACUAGCUGAUCUCGAUCUUGAAAACCAGUUCGUUUAUGAACCAGAAACCACCAGAGGGUUAUUAGACAGGCUUUCUCGGAAUUCCCUUAAGAGAUUCAAUAAAACAAAUAGUAAGUUACUUAACGAUGAUGACUCAAAACUGUUCCAAGCUAAGAUCCGCUAUUGCGGUCGUACCAUCGAUAUUGUCUCAUGCGAACUCAAACCUGAGAAAAAAGUUCACUCCAUUGAAGCUCCGGAUAAAGAACAUCUCAAGAAACCAAGAUCGUUCCUGCGUUUCGGAUAUGAAGUCUCAUUCGAAGCUUUAGACAAAGGUGCUAUUGAGAUAUUGGGCCCUUAUGGUAUCUCGUACACAGAUUGGAUAGAUUGGAUGGAACCUGUGCAUUUGCGAUACACGGAUGAGGAUGAUGUUGAUGGGACAAGGUUUUAUCCUUUUAUAAGACGCCGUGAGGAUGAAGAGAGGAUCUCGCCGGAGGAAGAGUAUCUCCUCAUGAAGAAACAAGUCGAAGAGUCCAAGGGUUUUGACAUUGAUUUCACCAAGUUCCGCUGCCUUUUCAAUUACACACCAGUUGAUCUCGAUCUUGAAAACCAGUUCGUUUUCGAACCAGAAACUACCAGAGGGUUAUUAAACAGGCUUUCUCAGACAUCCCUUGAGAAAUUCAAUCAAAAGUAUACCAGUAAUUAUGAGUUUGUCAAGGUUAUCAAAGCCAAUUAUCACUUCUGUGCUGGCAUCAUGUUUUUCAUUACCUUUCAAGGUAAGCUACUUUCCGACUCUAAACUGUUCCAAGCUAAGCUUCGCUUUUGCGGUCGUCUCACCGGUUUUAUCUCAUGCCAACUCAAACCUGACAAAAAUGAUUGGAGAACUACGCUAGAACCUGUGCAUAUGAAAUACACGGAUGAGGAUGAUGUUGAUGGGACAAGGUAUUAUCCUUGUAUAAGACGCCGUGAAGAUGAAGAGCCUAAGAUCUCGCCGGAGGAUGAGUGUCUCCUCAUGGAGAAGCAAGUCGAAGAGUCCAAGGGUUUUGACAUCGAUUUCGCCAAGUUCCGCUGCGUUUUCAAUUACAAACCAGUUGAUCUCGAUCUUGAAAACCAGUUCGUUUUGGAACCCGAAACCACCAGAGGGUUGAUAGACAAGCUUUCUCGGAAAUCCCUUAAGAGAUUCAAUGAAACAAAUAGUAAGCUACUUAACGAUGAUGACUCAAAACUGUUCCAAGCUAAGGUCCACUCUUGCGGUCGUAGCACCGAUAUUAUCUCAUGCGAACUCAAACCUGAGAAAAAAGGAGAAGAUAAGGCGUUGCAGAUCGGAGCCUAGUGUUUCGUUGUAUCCGAAGCAUGUAUACUGUUGUGUGAGUCGCAAUACGCUUUAACUUUGAGAGGUAUUUGGAAAAGCUGGUGACAGCCACAAGCUAAGGAAAGAUGAAACUUGGUACAAUGUAUUUAUUUUCAUGCUCAUAACAUUGUAACAGAUCAAAUAUCACAAGUAAACAGCAGCAGAACGGAUAAACUCGUUUCUUUACU